AUGGCAAACAUGAAGUCUCGUCACAACGGCGCCGACGCCCGCAAGAAGCUCCGUACCGACCGCGACGGUGAUAUGGACAUGGACCGCCCCGGUGGACGUGGCGCACGAGGUGCUCGCGGAGGUGGUAUUGGCAAGUCAGGCCGCGGCGGGGCUGCUCGUACUGGCUCUGGUCGUGCGCAGGCCCGCCCUAAAAAUCUCGACGCCAUUCAAAAUGCCAUCUCAGGUACCCGCUCCGAAAUCCGUGCUCAGGGACAAUCCGGAGGCCUUGCGCAUUUCAACGUUACCGGAUGGAAGGAUAGCAAAGUUGCCACCAACCGCGAUGGAGGUGUUUCCGAUCUUAUUGCCUUCCUCGAACGCCGUCUGAAGGCCCUGAGCAAGUCAGGACCGCGCCCUAAAAUCACAAAAUCCCGUGUGGAGGGUGAUACAUUGGUUGCUUCCGUUCGCCAGAACCUGGCCGACACAAUGUCGCGCAUUAACAAUAAUACCUUUGCUGGCAUUCAGAUUUCAGUUGAGCGCAAUGAUUGCGCCACACUUGAUCACGAGAUUGGAGGUACUGAUUCUGCAUCGACCGCGGAUACCAAGGCCAAGAUGACCAUGAUCUUGGGAAAGCGCUAUUACGCAGAUAACAAACUUCUCAAUCUAUCAAAACUUGUUGGAGAUCCUGAUCUCCAGGCAAUGGGUAUCUUCGCCGCUACGUCAACCGAAUCUAAGUUUUUCCCCGCUCUUAUGAAAGUCUGGGAAAUGGGUUUCGAGACCAACGCCCUGCGGCGCCAGGCAGUGGAAAGUGUCAGUCUUGCCGACAAUCAGCUCGCGAACAUCUCUUUGGUCACUACCCUUGCUCAGACUAUUCCUGCAUUGAAAAACUUGGAUCUGUCAAACAACAAUUUCAAGGAUGCGCAAGCCCUCAUCCAGUGGCGCUGGAAAUUUCGUGAGCUUGAGUUUCUGGACUUGACCGGCAGCCCUUUCUGCACCGAUCCCGAAUUCAAGAACACUAUGAUGAAGUGGUACCCAAAACUUCAACACUUGAACAACGUUCAAGUCCGCACCAAAGAGGAAGUCGAUGCUCAAAAGAAGACACCCAUCCCUGUCCAGGCCCCGUACUUCCAGGACUCGGAUAAAAUUGGCGAGAACUUCAUUCGUUCUUUCUUUUCCACUUACGACAACGACCGUUCCUCCCUUAUCACCUCCUUUUACGACAAGGAGUCGAGAUUCUCUUUUGACAUCAACACCGCCGCUCCCAAGGCCCCCAGUGCCGAGCCCGCAGCUUGGGACCCAUACAUAAAAAUGAGCCGUAACUUGCAUAAGGUCAAUCAUCUGAAUCCUCGUAUGGCCCGCGAGUAUGUUGGGGAUGAAAGAAUCCGUUCGGCGUGGGACAUGCUUCCCGCCACUUAUCACCCCAACAUUAUGACCUCUCCAGAAGAAUAUCUGGUUGAGUGCCACCAAUGCCCCGGCCUCCCUGACCCGAGUGGCCAGAGUGAGACGGGCGUUGGUGGCCUCAUCAUAACUGUUCAUGGAAAAUUCGAGGAGAAUGUUGGAGGUAAGACCGAGCUUCGGUCAUUUGACCGAACCUUUAUCAUUGGCCCAAGCCUCGUGCCCGGACGGAUUCGUGUGAUUAACGACAUCCUCUGUCUGCGUGCCUUCGGAGGGCAUGAGGCUUGGACUAUGAUUGCUGCCCCUACUACUCCGGCCGCCCCUAUCCCGAUUGCCCCCCCUGCCGCUCCCCUUGUUGGCUCCUCACAGGAGGACCUGAUCCGGGAGAUGAGUGCCAAGUCUGGCAUGAAUCUCCGUUACUCGGAGAUGGCCCUCGCGGAUAAUGGGUGGGAUGCGGAGCGGGCCUGGCAGAAUGUGUGCGAGCUUAAGGCUGCCGGAACAAUGCCUGCUGAGGCAUAUGCGCACCCAACAGGGCCAACAGAUGAAGAGCCCUCUCUCGAUGCCUUGGAUGCAGUGGACUACGACCCAAUCGACCACUUGAACGCUAUUUUCUCACAUCCCUCUACCCUCUCCUCAGUAUCCCACAUCUCCUCCGCCCUCCAUACCUACGAAGAUGAAUUGGAUUAUGACAUAGGUACGCUGGUGGAGGAGCAGGUCACCUCCAAUGCGGAGAGCGUGGAACGCAUCCAAACAGCCCAGGCCGACCUGUCGGAGCUGUUCAAGAAAAUCGACGAUGUGCGCGAGCGCGCUUUGAAGACAGAGCAAGCCAUUACUGACAUGACGGCCGACAUUAAACAAUUGGAUAAUGCAAAAAAGAAUCUCACCCUGUCGAUGACCGCGCUCAAGCGACUGCAGAUGCUGACCAUCGCAUACGAUCAGCUUCUGGCUCUAAGCCGGACACGGCAUUACAAUGAUUGCGCUCAGCUCCUUCAGGCGGUGAUCCAGCUGAUGGCUCACUUCAAAUCAUAUCGCUCAAUUGACCAGAUCGCAAUCCUAAGCCGGAAUGUCGCCGAUGUACAGCGAGAUCUCUUGGAGCAGGUCUGCGAGGACUUUGAGAUAGCAUUUGCCAAGGGUGAGGUCGCUCAAAAGCGGGUGAUGCUUGCCGAGGCCUGUCUUGUUGUUGAUGCACUAGGCGAGCAUGCCCGGUCUCGACUAGUCACUUGGUACUGCAACACCCAGCUCCGCGAAUACCGACAGGUAUUCAAGAAUAGCGAGGAAGCUGGAUCCUUGGACAACAUAUCUCGUCGGUACUCGUGGUUCCGACGUAUAUUGAAAAUCUACGACGAGGAGAACGCCGCGAUUUUCCCCGCAGCGUGGCGAGUAAAUGAGAUCCUGACCAAUGUCUUCUGUGAAGGCACUCGGGAUGAUUUCAAAGGUAUUCUUUCACGAUCUGUACGCAGCGGACAGACACUCGAUGUGAACCUGUUGCUUUCGUGUCUACAAGAGACGCUUGAAUUUGAGCAUUCCCUUGAACGCCGAUUUGCUCCUCAAUCGCGUCCAUCCACCGAUACUUUUGCUUCGACCGAGACCCCAACUUUUGGCCAGUCCAUUUCUGAGGCAUUUGAGCCGUAUCUGAGUGUGUGGGUGGAGGCGCAGGACAAGCAGCUGGCUGCACUGCUACCAAAGUACCGCCAGCAACCUCUGAAGCCUCCAGAUGAGGAAGAGUUCAACUCCCAUAUCGUGAUCUCAUCCUCAACAGAACUAUUUUCUUUCUACCGCCACUCCUUACAACAAUGCGCAAAGCUUUCAACUGGUGGCAGUCUUGCGGAGCUGGCGAAAGUGUUCGCCAAAUACUUGGACCAAUACGCGCAGCAGGUCCUCCUCAGCUACAUCAGCGAACGCCCUUCUGGGCAUACACCGUCGAAAGCACCAUCGAUGGAAGAUUAUGUCGCUGUUCUCAAUACUGCCGACUAUUGUUACACCACAUGUAAUCAAUUGGAAGAGAAGAUCAAGAGUCGACUGGACGAGAAUCUAAAACAAUCUGUUGACCUACAGAGCCAGGCGGAUUCGUUCAUGGGCAUUGCCUCUGCUGUUGUUCGGGGACUUGUGCGGCAGGUGGAAGUUGAGCUGGAGCCCUGUUGGCGAGAGAUGCGCAAUACACCCUGGGCGAAGAUCGAGGCUGUCAGCGACCAGAGCUCCUACGUGGGUGAGAUGAUCUCACGGACAAAAGCGAAGUCAUCCGAAAUUCUACAAUUUCUGCACAAGCAACAAUACGCUCGCGCCUUUUCUGACCAUCUGGUCGAGAUGAUGUCGAGUAUGUUCAUUACAAACGUCUUUCAAUGCAAGCCUGUUUCCGAGACAGGCGCUGAACAGAUGCUUCUUGAUUCCUACACCAUAAAGAGUAAUCUCUCAUCCCUUCUUCCCGCCCCGGCCCCAGCAGGCUUUGUCAAACGCGUGAACAGCAGCUUCUUCAAGAUUGAGACGCUUCUCAAGACGCUCCAAGUACGACCAUCUCCCCCAGAAGCAUUAAUCCAAGCCUAUCUCAUUCAUAUCGCGGACCGCAACGACAACAAUUUCCGCAAAAUCCUCGACUUGAAGGGCAUCCGCAAUCGACAAGAGCAAAAUCACCUCGUCGAACUAUUCCAGGUACACCGUGCCUCGGACCGCUACUCCUCCAGCCUCCAGCAAAACAACCCGAUGCUAACAGCCCUGCAAACCCCGUCUACCACAACGAUUCCCGCUUCACAGGGCAGCAGUCUAGGUACUGGGUCGUCAAUGCCAUCACGCUUCGACGCAUCGAUGCUCGGCUCUGCAAUCAUGUCCGCAGCCAAAGAUGGUGUCGACCUCUUCGGAAAUCCCAGUCUUUCAUCUGGUGUCGCGGGAAUAUCAGGAUCAUCUUCACCUGCCCCGUCAUCAUUUGCCCAGCCAAACAGUCUUCUCCAGGGUUCAUCCGAAAGUAGCGCUGCUGCUAAUCUCAAUGAGAAUCUUAAGAAUAUUGGCAAGUUCUUCCGUCGGGAUUUGGGUGGGUUUGGAGGUCGAUUUGGUCGUGGCAAUGAUGAUUGA